UUCCUGUGCCAAAGUGCAAGGUCUGACCUAGCCAUCUGGCUAACAGCGUGAAUGAUACCUUCCUGAGAUGUUUUCUCACAUAUUUUGCAAGAUAGAAGCCAGCUAACAUGCAUAGGUCUACAACACUCUUCCCUCGGCUGUCCUACCAUGUGCUGGCCCACUGCAGAGGAUACUGUGUGUUGAGAGGCAGCUCAAGGUCACUAAUCUGUGGCCCACAACCCCAUGUAGUCAGCCGACUGGACCCAAGAUGGACGCCUAGUAUCCAACACAGCUACCCAGUACCCCCAUCCCCCCACGUCACUGCUCUCACCAAAUACUCUGACUUAUCCACCCCAAAAUACAACCUCAUCUACUCCUUACCUCACAUCAAACUCCUGAGAGCGGUCUCCAGACUCAAACUGAUCCAAACCGGAAUCACCAUGCUCUUACUCCCGCCCGUAUACUACAUGUAUUUCCAAGGAGAUGCUUCGUACCUACUGGUUAGCUACAGCACGGGGAUAGCGGCGUUCGCCGCCGUCAUGCUCUUCUCGGCUAGUCACUACCUGAGACGCGUCGUCGGGAUGAUGUACUUGGAUGAGUCCCAGACGACGCUGAAAGUGUCUCACCUGACGUUCUGGGGACGCAGGAAGGACGUGUAUCUGCCCGUGACGGACGUUAUGACUCUGGGGGACACCGGGGACUCCAUAGGGGAGACUAUAUUAAGGUUGAAGAGAUAUAGUAGUUCUGAGACGCUGUACUUCUCCACUAGACUGGGACGUGUGGUGGAUAGGCAGGCCUUUGAGAAAGUGUUUGGGACUUUGAUUUGAUGUUUUUAUAGGGCUUUUCAGAGCCAAACCAGGCUGUACUGAGCCGAACAGAGCCAAACCAGGCUGUACUGAGCCCAGCCAAGCUACUGAGCCGAACAGAGCCCAGCCAAGCAUCCACUAUAGUUCCUGGAACUGUGCUGAAAAUAUCUGAGCCAGCAGUUAGGUCUGGGUUGACACAGUGGUGUGAAAAGGGUAUUUUAUGUUGUGAGCAUUUAAAAUGUUGUAUAUUCAGCAGCUAGAGAUGCCUACCUACAUAUACUGCAGUCUGUUCUGUCCCAUUUCUUGACUACUGUGUGUGACCAAAAGAACCAGUGACAUUUUGUGUUGGACAGCUGCUCAGACUCACAGCCUUCAAUCACCCUCAUCAUUUAAGCAACAAAUAUUUGACAGGUUUAUUUUAAGGUACAGUACACAAAACACUAUACAGAAAAUGUCUACAGUUAUUUGACCUUCAGAAAGUCCAUUGCAAUCAAUCAUCCCACAGUCAUUUAUGGAAAUCAUUUUCUUAAAGAGUUGGAGUGAAAUAAUGUACAGUAAUAUACAGGAGUGUAUACCCUGAUGGUCAUCUAUGAAGAUCUUGAAGAACCAUCUGGCCUUAAUGGCCAUAUACCCUUCAUCUCCAUCCAGCACAGCCAGAAGAGGACUGGCCACCCCUCAGAGCCUGGUUCCUCUCUAGGUUUCCUCCUAGGUUCCUGCCUUUCUAGGGAGCUUUUCCUAGACACUGUGCUUCUACAUCUGCAUUGCUUGCUGUUUUGAGUUGUAGGCUGGAUUUCUGUAAAAUCACUUUGUGACAUCAGCUGAUGUAAAAAGGGCUUUGUAAAUACAUUUGAUUGAUUGGAGGAGUGUCAACCUCUUCACUGCAGGUUGACAGUAUGGGUCUGUUUGAGCAGGGCCACAGUGGAUUCCUGUGUAGACUCUACUUGAGCUCAGCGAUUGCGUCAUUAAAGAUAUCCAGGAAGAGAUGAGCAUGGUGUUCCUUGAACACCAGAGCUGGUCGGAACCGGAUAGACUGGGUUCCACAGCCCCCUAGAACCACACCUGGAACAAGAAAACAACAUCAUAAAUAGUAUUCAUUCUUUACUAACAAAUCAACGAUUCACUUGAUAGUACUACUGAAUGUAAGUGAUAUGGAUGUACCUUAUUGAUACUAAGCUAGUAAAUAUUAUGCUGGAUAUUG